AUGUCGGCUCGUAUACUGGCCACAUUAACAUUCUGUCUUAGUUUAACGAGACUGCAGAGCACACAUGGUGAAAACAUUGCUUUUGGUAAACUUGCCAAACAGAGUAGUACGAAUCCAGGAUAUCCUGCAAGCCAGGCCCUCAAUAAUAUAUACUCCAACACGGGGUCGUUAACAAGCACUACGAAUCCUUCCUGGUGGGAGGUGGACCUGAGAGGUUACUUUGAUAUCAGCAACAUCACCCUCACAGCAGCCAACAAUGGAUGGGGCGUAUACAUGAGAAAUGCCUACGUGGAAGUGAUGGACAAAGAUGUCAGCCUCUGCUCUGACGCCCAGGUGGAGUGGUGUGGGAAUGUGUCAAGCACUGUCGCCAAGAAAGAGAAAUUCAUCUUCACUUGCAAUGUCCCUUUCCCCAUUCGCUUCAUCCGUGUCACAAGGCGUUCUACAUCAACUAAUCAUUUGAAUAUCGGACAUGUUGAUGUACAAGGUGUCGGGGCUACGAAGCGAUAUCGAUCCUACUACACACCAACGAUGGGGAGAAAGGUGACCAAACCAUCCAUGACUACAUCAGCCGUAACAGCAGGAGAAUGUGGCAUCCUUUGUCACCGAAAUCAUUCAUGCAUCGACUUCAGCUACAGCGAAACUGCGUCGACCGAAUCCAACUGUCUGCUGACCUACGAGGUCGUAACGCAGUAUUCUGUGGCAAGGAAUGACUGGACCAUGUACACCGUGGACAACUGUCUGUAAAAUCCUAACUCAAAGUG